CGGCGGCGGCGGCGGCGGCGGCGGCGGCGGCGGCGGCGGGAGCCCGGGCGGCGGAGGCGGGCGGAGGGAGGCGGCGGCGGCGCGCAGAGACGCAGAGCGGCAGCGGCAGCAUGUCGGCCGGCGGAGCGCCAGUCCCGCCGCCCCCAAACCCCGCCGUGUCCUUCCCGGCGCCCCGGAUCACCCUGCCCGCCGGCCCGGACAUCCUGCGGACCUACUCGGGUGCCUUCGUCUGCCUGGAGAUUCUGUUCGGGGGACUCGUCUGGAUUCUGGUUGCCUCCUCCAACGUUCCUCUACCUCUGCUACAAGGAUGGGUCAUGUUCGUGUCCGUGACGGCUUUUAUCUUUUCCCUCCUCUUCCUGGGCGUGUUCCUCUCUGGCAUGGUGACUCAGAUUGAUGCCAACUGGAACUUCCUGGAUUUUGCGUAUCAUUUUACCGUGUUCGUCUUCUACUUUGGAGCCUUUUUACUGGAGGCAGCAGCCACAUCCCUGCAUGACCUGCAUUGCAAUGUGACCACGGCUGUGCAGCCACUCUUGAGUGAUAACCAGUAUAACAUAAAUGUAGCAGCCACAAUUUUUGCCUUUGUGACGACAGCCUGUUAUGGUUGCAGUUUGGGUCUGGCGUUGCGAAGAUGGCGACCGUGACACUCCUGAGAAACUAACAGUCUAUGUGUUGGUUUCAUUUGUCUACUUUACGUGUCUGAUCAAUUUGGAUACCAUUUUGUCCAAAUGUAAUAACAUUCCAAAAGCAACUUGUUUAUAUAGAGAGAGCACCUAAGGACAAGUUUUGGUUCAUUGCAUGGAUGGAAUUUUAAUUUUAUUAUGAUGAUAAACAGAGAAGUGGCCUUUAAUUUUACAGCUGCCUCUUUCCUUUUUUAAGAAAAUUUUCCCUUAUAUCCAUAAAAUAUACUGAUAUUGUUCAUGAAAAAGAGGUAUAUCUUUUGUUUGGUUAUUGAGUCACCUAAACCUUAAUUUUACUAGGUAACUAAAAUUUCAUAAAAAGAAAAAAGACACAUUUUAAAUAGUCUUCCCACUGAAUUCUGUCUUUUUAGCGUAAAACAGAGAUUGGCACCAUUUUUCUGUAAAAGUCCAGAUGGUAAAUAUUUUAGGCUUUGUGGGCCAUACAGUCUGUGUUGCAGCGACUCAGCCUUGCUAUUACUUCGUGAAAGCAGCCAUAGACCACACAUCAGUGAAUGAGCACGCCUGGGUUCCAACAAAACUUUAUUCGCAAAGACCGGCAGCAAGCUGGAUUUGGCCUGUGGGCUUUGAGUUACGCUUUGCCGACCUCUGGUGUAAAACCUUAGUUCUAUGUUAUGUAUUUUAUUGAACUGAUCCUGAAAGCUAUAAAACUAGAUAAGCCACAUAAUAUUUAGCCUCAUUAUGCAAUAAUCAUAUCACCUUUGUGUUGAUGGUCAAGUGCUUACCCUUGAGGUGGUGGAUGGUUGCUCAAGCUAAUUCAAGCAGAGUCUUGGAUACAAGAAAAAGUAAUUUAUGAACUAAAUCCUAGUGGCCUAAUCUGACCAAGGGUCUCUUUAACAACUGAGCAAACCUGUCAUCCGGCAUCCUUCCAAUGAGAUCCCCAGAGACCCUUCACCACUCCUGGAACUGGUCUCUUCUACUUCUGUCUUACUUUGGAUUUAUUUAUGCUUCAGAAUACAGCUGUUUGUCCCUGUGCAUGAACAUGGGAAUAUUCAUGUGUGGAUAUAUGAGGCUCUACCAAAUAGAACUCCCUGAAGAGUUAACUUUUUACUUCUCAUUCUUUUACAUUACUUUGGGUUAAAUUUCAGUAGAAUACUAAAUAUAACUUAAAGUUGUAACUUCUUAUGUGUUUUAAUAGUAGCCCCGACAUUUAUGUUGGUUUGCAUUGGUGACAGAUGUACAGAAUCCAUUUUAAAACAAUAGCCAUCAUAAAAACUUGUCUCUGACUGAAUUGCACAGAAAAGAUUUGAAUGCAUCUGUUAGAGGUAUCCUGGUUGUGGCCAGUGCCAAAAUGGCUUGAAUGGGAAAACAGGCAAGAGUUAGAUUCCCACUCCCAUGACACAUCCAAGUGGGGUACUUUUGUCCUGCCCCAGGAGGGCUGCCUCCAGGAAAAGAAGCCUUUUGAUAGUGCUAAAUCUUCAGCCCUUUGCUUUUGUGGCUGAAUCAUUCCCUAAGAGUGCCAUGUAUAAGUUAUGCUGGUAGAUUUCAUGGACGUAGAACAGUCUUGAAUGAGUAACAUGGUCAAUGCUCAGUGAUCAGAUGCUGUUUAUAUAAUCAUCUCCAAAAAGAAGAAUCUUCUUAGAGUUUGGUUUGUGAUAUAAAGACACGUUUCAAUAUGUGGCAAGAAGAAAUCAGUCUUAUGACCUGACUUCCAUGUUUUUUCUAGCACCAUACCACACACUUAAACCUGUAUUAUGAAUUGUAUAUUACAAAGUCAUAAAUGUGCCAUAAGGAUAUAUAGUCCAUGAAAGUUGGAAUCGUUUAAAGUUAGUCUGCUAGAUUUAGUUGUGAGAUUUUAUUUUUGUUUCCAAAGUAUAACAGGUUCAUGCUUGGUGGCAUUAAAUUAAAUGAUUUCAUGAAAUGGCUUUGGUGGCAUUUUUGUAAAUGGAUUGCUUCUAGAUCAUUAAGAACCAAGCCUAAAACUCAUCUGACUGUGAAUAGUUAUAUUUGUAGAUUAAUCGUGUUCUGGGUUUGUGAAUUGAGUGACAAAGCACUUGAACAAAAAUUAUGGUAUUUGAGAAUUCUUUAUAUAUGCUGUAGAAAUGAGAAAGUAUUGGUUGGUUUUAAAAUCUGGUAACUCCACGAUGAAAAGAAAUUUAUUUUAUAAGUGUUAUGACUCUAAUAAAGUAUUCAUUUGCUAA